AUAAAUUCUUCGUCGACCAGAUUCAGCCCGGACUUGAGUGGGAUGUUGCCGGAGGUGACGCAAAAAAGGAUCUCCAGCGUCCGUUGUUACACAACUACAUUUCACAGGUUUCCCAAUGGGAAACUCCCAAGGGAAACAGGUGGCCUCCACCGAUGAGCUGAACUUGAAUCAGUUCCGCCUGUUGCGGGUGGUUGGAAAAGGUGCUUUUGGAAAGGUUCGCAUUGUGGAGAAGAAAGACACCGCCUUGACGUUUGCACUGAAAUAUAUUCGGAAAGAAGAAGUGGUCCGGUCGGAAAGCGUACGGAAUAUCAUUCGUGAACGGCGGAUGCUCGAACACCUCAACCAUCCGUUCCUCUGCAACUUGAGAUACAGCUUCCAAGAUAUUGAAUACAUUUACAUCGUGGUGGAUCUGAUGAAUGGUGGUGACCUGCGAUUCCAUAUUUCGAGAAAAUGUUUCACCGAGGAGGCAGUUCGAUUCUGGGUGGCCGAGCUUGGGUGUGCCCUGAGGUAUAUCCACUCGCAGGGAAUCAUCCAUCGUGAUGUCAAGCCGGACAAUGUCCUAUUGGAUUCGGAGGGACACGUCCAUUUAGCUGAUUUUAAUGUUGCUUCCGAUUUCCGACCGGGCAAGCCCCUCACGAGUAAAUCGGGCACGUUAGCAUACCUAGCCCCUGAGGUAUACGAAGGAGGUGGAUACUACUGUGAGGUGGAUUGGUGGUCGCUGGGAGUCACGUUCUAUGAGUGUAUCUAUAACAAGCGCCCAUUUGAAGGUCGGAGCCAGGAUGUCCUCAGCGAGAACAUCAAGAAGGCGCAACCGAAGUACUACGUCACAAAUCCGGCCGUCUCCGUUCCCUGUCUCCGAGCAUUGGCAGCACUGAUGGAAAGAGACCGGUCGAAGCGAAUCGGUGCGAUCAGCUUCGAGAGCUUCACCUCGCAUAUGUUCUUUGCCGACAUUGACUUCGUCGCACUCGAGCACAAGGAGGUACCGCCGGUAUUCACGCCAUCCAGCGAUAAGACCAACUUUGAUGCGACAUAUGAUCUGGAGGAGCUGCUGUUGGAGGAGGCGCCGCUCGAGGCCCGGGCUCGCCGGCAAAAACCAAGAGCGGAGCUACGGGACGACGCAACGGCGAAAGAAAUCCGAGAAGACGAACUUCACCGUCUCAUCGAGACGAUGUUUGAGCCCUUCGAUUACACCCGGGUGGUAUAUGCAGGAAACGCCGCGGAAGCGAUUGCAGCAUCAACCAACCCCGAAGAGUGCCUCCCGCUCCAGUCCACAAAUUCACAUUCCCGCCAAGUCUCGCAGCCUGACCUGUCGAGAAAUUCGCCUCCCCUACGCAACGACGGAUCGGCCAGCCACUUGACUCAGCCGGACGCCCCGUCUCCUCUCAGCGAGACGCCAACCUCACAAGCAUCUCUGCCUCCCCCGCCGCCGCCGCCAGCGCCGCCCUUCCAUCGUCCCCUACCGCCAAAUGCAAAUGCCGCAGCGCGCCCGCGAGGCGCGACACGGAAGACCAGCAAGGGUGGAGGCGUUCAGAUGGUGCUAGAGGAAGCCGGCAGUUGGAGCGAGCUCGCCGACCACAGCACCACCCUUCCUGCGGAAGGCUACGAUACGGGGUCGGCCAAAGGAAAGGGCUCCAACAGCGGCAUGCUUGCUUUCCUCAGCCGAAAGAAGGGGCGCGACAGGAGUCCGAAGCCCCAGGAGCCGGGCGUGCUGGGUAAAGAGGGAGCCCGGCAGAUCAUCAGCUGAAGAGCCAGCAAUUCGGCUCGAUACCCGGAGGGGAAGGCUUCGCUAUGACUUGACCGCUGUUGAA